AGAAUUGACAUUUUCACAGUAUGGAGUUUUCCUAUCUAUGAGCAUGGUAUGUUUUUCCACUUAUUUAGGUCUCAUUUGGUUUCUUGCAGUAGUUUUUUGUAGUUUUCUUCUUAUGGUCUUUGUAUUCUCUUUUCUAUCUAGGUAGUUCUAUAGUUCUAGGUUUCAAAUCUCUUUCUAACCCCUCUAGAUCUCUUCCUUUGAUUUGACCUAUCUUUACUUGAUUUCCUUAUGUUUAACAUUGUGAGUGAAGUAAAGCUCCUGGAUAAUACCUUUGUUACUCACAGCUUGUCUUUGUCCUGUUGUCUUCAUCCUUAGCAGAAACAGAUGGUGGUCCAGGAGAAAUCUAUUCAAGAAAUAGGGCUGCAGAAAGGCCAUAUCACAGUAAUGGUGUUGAAAGCAAUGAAGCUAUUCAAAUUUGAGACCCAAAAAGGGAAGAAAGAGAUGAUGUUUCAUGAUUCAGUGGCUAUUGAGAGUGAAUUCAAUAUAAAGCUAAAAGAUAAACUCACCCUAAAGACAAUAAUUAUAAUAUAACGGUAGUAUUGGCAUAAUGGUUUUCUGGAAAUUCAUAGUACCUCAGUUGUGUUUGAUGCUGAAUCUGACCAAAAGAUCAGUGCCCCAAACCACAUUAUCAGAAAAGCUGGUGAAACCUCAAAGAUCAAUAAGCUUCAAACUCAGCCUCUUGGAAAAAUUGUGAAUGGAAUGUUUGUAAUACAGAAGAUAAGUUCCUAUGUAUAAUUUUGUAUUGAUUAGUCUGAAUAACUUUUCUCCACUCUGAGAUUGAAGGGACUUUAGAAAUCAUUCAUUUUAAUGCUUUAUAUAGAGGAAAAACAAACAUAAAAAUCUAAACAGAUAAACCCAAAAAGAACUAAUGUGCCACAAAGUUAAUGAUGUAUCCAUACUCAAAUACGUCUGAAGUCUUUUUAUUCUCAUGAAGCCAUCACAACCCUCUUUCAACUUUUUUUUAUUCUUGUAGCCUCUGAAAAAGGAAUUACUUCUUACACAAAUAAUGUUUGCCCUCUGCAUUAUUUUUGUACUUUAUGCAUACAUAUGAUCUUUAUUUUAAGUGACUAUCAUUGUGAUAUAUAUGUAUAUAUGUGUACACAUACAUGUGUGUGUAUAUAUGUACAUACAUGCAUACAUAUAUAUGUAUAUCUCCUAUUGGUUCUGUUUUUCUGGAGUACCCUAAU